GCGACCACUGCUGAGGACCUCACUAGGGAGGUGGUCUCCUCCACCCCAGGCUGCACCAUCCUGCUCCUGCUCCUCAGCCAGUGUGUGGAGCUGUCCCAGGUGCUGAAAUCGGACACUUUGACCUGUUGGGCUGAAUCUUGCAAAACUUCCUUGGAUGUGGCCAGAGGUGACCAUGGAGCUGUUAUGGCGUCAGCAGCCGGGAGUGUGGGUGCGAGCUGCUGAGAUGUGAGGAGGGCUGAGGAGCAAGACGAGGGAUGUGCUGGGUCUUCUCCAGAGACUGCUCGUGGCCUCGGGAGAUGUUUCUGAUCGCUCUGCUGCUGGCUCUGAGGGAAUCUACGGCCGCACCGACCCCGACAGCCGAGGACCUCAACCGCGGAGUAGACUGGUUGACUAGAUUCGGCUAUCUGCCUCCAUCCGAUCCAGUUACAGGACAGCUGCAGACACAGGAAGAGUUGUCCAAAGCAAUCAAGGCAAUGCAAGAGUUUGGUGGGCUAAAGCCUACUGGAAUACUAGAUGAGGCCACCUUGGAAUUAAUGAAAACCCCUCGCUGCUCUUUACCUGACCUGUCCCAAUCAGAGGCUGCCAGGAAGAAGCGGAAUGUCCAGGCGGUGACAAAGUGGAGCAGGAGAAAUUUGUCUUGGAGGGUUAGAACAUUCCCUAAAGAGUCAUCACUGGGUCAUGACACUGUGAGGGCUCUUAUGUACUAUGCCCUUAAGGUGUGGAGUGAUAUCACACCACUGAACUUUCAUGAAGUGGCUGGAAAUAAUGCAGACAUUCAAAUCGACUUCUCCAGAGCUGACCACAAUGAUGGCUACCCAUUUGAUGGACCAGGUGGUACUGUAGCUCAUGCUUUUUUCCCUGGUGAACACCACACCUCUGGAGACACUCACUUUGAUGACGAAGAGUCAUGGACAUUUAGAUCAUCAGAUGUGCAUGGCAUGGACCUGUUUGCUGUUGCAGUACAUGAGUUUGGUCAUGCGAUCGGACUGACUCAUAUUUCUGAUAUGGAAUCUAUAAUGAGACCAUAUUAUCAAGGUCCAGUGGGUGACCCCCUGAAAUAUACCCUGCCUUAUGAUGAUAAAGUCAGGAUCUGGCAACUGUAUGGAGUCCGUGAGUCUGUGUCCCCAACAGCAAAGCCUGAGGUGGUCGGAGCUGAAGAACAUCCUUUUCUGCCUGAUUUGCCCGAGAACCGCUCUACCAUCCAGCCAAGAAAAGAUGAGCCUGACCGAUGUAACACACAUUUCGAUGCGGCAGCUCAGAUACGUGGAGAAGCAUUCUUCUUCAAAGGCAAAUAUUUUUGGAGACUUACCCGCAAUAAGCAUUUAGUUUCCCUUCAGCCUGCUCAAAUUCAUCGAUUCUGGAGAGGUUUACCGCUAAACAUGGAUAGUGUGGAUGCAGUUUAUGAGAGGACCACAGACCACAAAAUUGUCUUUUUUAAGGGAGAUCGUUACUGGGUUUUCAAAGAUAAUAAUGUGGAAGAAGGAUACCCCCGACCCAUCACAGACUAUGGAUUGCCCUUAGGGGGUGUGGAUGCUGCCUUUCCUUGGCCCCACAAUGAUAAGACCUAUUUCUUUAAGGAGAGUCUCUUCUGGUGUUACAAUGAACGGGAGCACAGAAUGGAUGAUGGCUUCCCUAUAGAGACUGCCUUCUGGAAAGGAAUCCCUGCUACUCUGGAUGAUGCAAUGGGAUGGUCAGAUGGUGCAAUAUAUUUCUUCAAAGGAAAAGAGUACUGGAAAGUCCUCGACAAUAAGAUGGAGGCAGAGCAAGGCUACCCACAAUCCAUUGCAAGGGACUGGCUAAUAUGCAGUGAUAUGCAGUCAGACGGACCAAGUUCAGAAACCAUUCGGACUGGUGCCCAUUCCAGCCAGGGCCAGCAAGAUGAGAACAGGUCAGAGAACGGGUACGAGGUCUGUUCUUGUACAUCUUCAGCAGAGUCUCACUGUACCAGCUUAUCUACUGACAUUUCAUGGGUCCUGGUACACGUCUUCACAGCAGCCUUGAUCUCGUUCUUAUGAUGCGCCUAUCUAAUGGAUUCUACUAUUACGUAAAAGGACUUCGGGAGGGGGAGGU